GUGACGUUGGCGCGGACGUUGAAAACAUUUGUUGACAUGUCGCUGGAGGAGAACCACUGACUAAACUCUUGUUGGCUAUUAAACACAGAGGAAAUGGAGUUAUCAGCUCUUAUAAAGAAAAUCGGGCAUUCUUUGGUGGAAAUAAGAGUCCGAGCUUUAAAGAAUAUAAUUUGUAAGUUGGACCACUCUCUCAUUUCGGUGGCUGACAUAGUGCAGGAGAAGAUGCUUUUUGUUUACUUGUUGGAGUGGUUCAAUUUCCCUGAGGUACCAAUGCAAGAACAAGUCCUUGAACUAAUCACGACAUUAUCCAAGCAUCCUAGUGCCGCCCAGAUGCUGAGAGACGUUGGGGCGGUGGACUUCCUCACUCAACUGUCUCUGAAAGUGGAGCCCAGACUGCGAGCUGUCAUCGAUGGAGCUCUGGACCAGCUGUUUCAACUUCCAGAGCUGCUGCCUAGUCACACCAUUGUGUAUUCAGGCAAGACGCAGACAACUAUUGCAACAGCCCCUAAUGUGCCUGAAACCGAAGAGGCAUUACCCAAUGCAGGUUAUUUCCACAUGGACCUACCAAAUAAGAAUGUUAUACUGUCUCAGAAGUUAAGAGUGUGGGAAACCGUGAGAUGUAUGAAGUUUUCAGUGUUUCCAUGGCUUACCCUGACAAAUACUGACCGACAUAUACUGUCGUCAAAUGAAAGUUCUUUAACAAGCAGUAACCCCAACUUGGUCAGGACAACAUGCGAACUUUUGCGAGAUGUUAUUAUGCAAGAUUUCCCCUCGGAGGUCUUCUUGCAGCGUCCCGGUAUUGUAAAGAUUUUGUUGAGCCUUUUGAGUCUGGGUUCAGGUAAACGUGAGAAGAACUUCCUUUACUUCCAGGCUCUCUCCUGUUUGCGGCAGCUCUGUGUGGGGUUGAGGAGGAGACUACGCUGUCACCAGGACCCAAGCUUUUAUUCUACUAAACAAGAUCCAGUGUCCCAAAAUUCCUCCUUCACCCAUGAGGUGCGGGGGAGUCAGCAUUCCCAGACCUCAUCCCCAGCAGCAGAGCAAUCCCCCAGGCCCUCUGUGGUGGGACGUCCUGGACAGAGAGCAAGAGGAGAUGGCCAAGAUGGAGAUGCAACAUCCAACAGUGGUAGCUCUCACAGAGGUGCAGCUGCCCCUGAGCAGAUGCCCCAGUCGCCUGUGGCCCACUUGGAGUUGCCUGAUCUUUGUGUUGAAGAUGGCCUAGAGCUGCAGUUACAGCAGCUCACUCUGGCACAGUUCAGUGUGGCCACAAUACAAUACUCUAUCUCUCUACUCAAAACAGAGAGUUCACAUGUGUUUCACCGUGUGCUGGAGCUGCUGUCUGAAGCUGUCCUCCUGCUCGGGUACAGCGUCUCGGAACUGGUCUGGGACGAUGGCAGUCUGGUGGGGAUAGAGCUGAAGGAAAAGCUGCAAGCGUCCAUGGAGCUGCUGGGAAACAUCCUGAGCUACCAUCACAACUGUUCAGCAGAAAUAUCCCAGAAUUCUUACAAUUAUUACAAAAUGGCCUACACAGGAACGGCCAUAUUUACCAUCAAACUUCUACAGACUAUUUUGCCUCCUGAAAAGGCUUCUGAAAAUCUCCCUGAAAACACAGCAACAGCUAUUUUUCAUCUAUGCUUGGACCCAUCAUUAGGAAGUGUAUUACCAGGCAUUCAAGAGACAGCAGUGGCCUAUUUGGAGCAGGUGAAUUCAGACCACUUUGACCUCUACAGAUUGGUGACCCGUGCAGCUCUUUGGAUGGAAUCGACAUGCAAUUUUCUCAAGGAAGUACAAGCUGAGGGGGAUAAGAACUGGCCAGAAUUACUAGAAUUGGCAGACCAAACAAUAGAAGGGCUCCCAUUUCACCAGCACCUGCCAGUCAUAAAAGAAUGUGUUAAAAUGUGUUCUUUCCUAUGGAAGUUUGAUCAGCCCAGCCCACUACUUCAAACCGAGAGCCAGAAACUUCUUCUCAAGCUGCUGGCCCAUCCACUCCAAUCCGUCAAGAUGGAGACAUACACCUGUGUUUUAAAUCUGGUCAAGGACUGCCUUGGCAUCCAGAAUGUAUCACGACAGGAGCCAGGAGCCAGCAGCGGAGUGUGCUUUCUUCUCCACUAUAAAGUGCUGUAUGAAAUCUGUGCUUUUGGACUGCAGGACUCAGCACAAAAGGUGCACACUGCUGCCAAGGAUAUCCUUCUCUUCCUGCUCAAGGGACAAUUGAUGAUGACAGCAUCACUGUGGGACAGAUUGAAUGAGGCACUUUACCCGAUCAUGCCCAUAUUACAGGGUUACGCUAACACAGAGGACUCGCUGGGAAACUGUGUCCUGCUGAUAAGUGACAUGUCCGACGUGGCGAGAGACAACAUGUUUUCAAGCUCUGCCAAGUUAAAGGCAGCGCUCCGACUGCUCUUCACUAAACAGCCCUCUGUGAGAAUAGCUGCAGUAAAACAGAUUCUUCCCCACCUGACCAGUGCUGAUGGGGCACAAACCUCGAGACCAGAGCUAGACCAGUUGUUGAUCUCCUUGCUCCCCAAUCUCUUCUGCCUCAAAAACUCUGUUGACAUUGGUCUUGACAGCAGCAGCAAGUCCCUCUUAAAGGUGGAGUCAGUGGAGAAGCUCUUUGGUAUUCUAACCUCAGAGACAGUAGAUAUCUCACUCAAGAGGUCAGCUGCUGAACAACUGUCUGUGGUUCUGCAAGAUACUACUAUGCAUCCAGUGGUCAAGAGUCUUGGUAUAAUUGACAAAGUCCUUUCUUUUAUCAUGGAGUGUGUGCGUGGAAAAAAGAGCCUGGAUGGCCUACUGGAGCCCUGUGUGUGUAUACUGAGGAAACUGGUGCUGGCUGAUCCCUCAGUGAGACAUGGCCUGGCCCAGCGCAGCCCUCUGCUCCUCUCUCUACUCAGAGUAUCUUUAAUACUGAAGGAAAGCAAAGGCAACAGCAGUGAUGUGACUGUGUUGAUGUGCCUACUACUGUUUGAUGAAAUUGCCAGUCUUGAAAUGUGGUCUGAUAUAUCAAGUCAAAAUGUUAGAGUUUCCUCCUUCUCUCUACCCAUGACAGUAACACGCAGGUACAACAUCCCGUUUCAAGCUGCCACACAUCAUGCUGUGAGCCCGUACUGCUGUGUCCUGCCUCCCUCCUCUCAACUCUGGACUCUGGCCCCUGCACGCCAUGCCCUGCAGGUGGCCUGGAACACUGCAUGGCAUUCUGGGAUAGACACCCUCUUUGAAAAAUCCCAUGGCUCAGGCGUACACGAUGAAUUUCCUGCAGAGCUGAAGCUGUGUGCGUCCCAGGUGGAGGUGCUGCGGACCAUGCACUACCCCACUGCUCUGAGGGACUGUGUCCAGACCAUCACCACCGCAGCUGGGCAUGCCUCAGUUUCCUCUGCCCUCUCUCGCCUCCGACUUUAUUUACUGAUGGACAAACUGGCCCAGCCCCAUGACCCCACCCACAGCUGUAGAUACACAAUGCACUGUUUAAGCUGGCACAAUGCUAUGAGCAGAUUUCUCCAGGUUCGCCCAGCUUGUUUAGAGGAUGAGAAGUUGCUGGUGGCUAUUGUUGAAUUCCUGAAUGAUUAUUUCAAACAGAAUAAGCCAGGAUCUAUGUCAGACCAAGAAAACCAGGACCUCCGGUGGAUUUUGGAGCUGUUACUUAAUCAGGAUACAGCGUGCCUCCUUCAUCUGCUCCUUGGAGCAGAGAGCCAGAGCCCACGAGAGGAUGAAGAGCUGAAGACUCAAGUCAGUCAGCGGCUCCAGAGGGAGCUCACAUCUUUGUUCAGCACAUUACUCCAGUGUCUGCAGAACACCACUGACAGGCUAUGUUUGGCUUUGGCCGGCCCCUUCCAGAGCCAGCUGGCAGAGCGUUUGCUCCAGAGUCUGCGGGUCUCUGAUGCCCCUCGUUUCUAUGGCCUUCCCAGUCUGGAGAGGACGCUACAGGGCAUGGUCUGUCUGACAGCCCAGGCUGGCUGGAGCACCCACUGCCCUGACCCGGGGCCCGCCUCCCUCUGUGCCAAGUAUCUGAGCGGUCUGUUGGAGGUGAUCUCUUCCUUCUACGUGGAGUGGGGAGGUAACUCGAUGUCUUUCAUGGGUAAAGGAGUGACUAAAAAUGCUGCCGUCUGCCUGCUGCACCUGUCCUCUGAGAUGAUGGCUGAGAACAAAGACGAGGAUGUAAUCUCCCAGUGGUCUUUGGGGAAUGAGACAAAUGAGCCAAAUAACGCUCAUCUUGGAUUGGCCUGGCUUAUACCACUGUGGGUUGAUCGAGAUCCAGAGGUGAGGUGUGCCAGUUUGGGUCUGGGUGCAGCUCUAUCGUCUGUGCCCGCUGGGUGCCAGGCUUUGUGUGCCAGCUGUCAGAACAUCAGCGGAGGGCUGUGGGGCACAUUGCUUAACAUCCUUUUGGAUCAGCAGGAGAGCAGCAUGGUCCGCAGAGAGGCUGCAUUCAUCCUGCAGAAUUUGCUGGUGAUGCCGAUGCCAGCCAACGCAGAGGAGGCCAAGGACUCUCCCUGGCAGCACCCCUGCGUUCACGAUGAGGUGUCUGGUGUGUCUCUUGUGGGCCUGCCAGCGCUUCAGGCUCUGCUUUACCACUGUCAGUAUUUCCAGCAUGUGUCCUCCUCUGCAGCCUCCUGUUACAGAGGCAGGUACACGCCUCACCUACAACCUCACGCUGCGACUGCUCAUGGCACCGAGCCCGGAGAGAGCGCUUCACACGAUUCCUAUGAUUCCCUUUGGUUUUGGAAAUCUGCCCCACUGGAACUCACUGUUGAUACUCCGAGACCUUCAAGUUCUCUAUCCACCUCCAGCACUGAGAUAAGGGGCUCAGGAAUCCACUCACCAAAGGAGCCAUCACCGCUGACUGUCCCAGAAGAAUCCACCACAAGCAGAUUAAUGGCUCAAGGCCAAAGUGACACGGAGACCAGCGCCACAGUUUCAUCCCAUGACUCCCGACAUGGCCAGCCCGCGGCUGUGGAGCACAUCGUCAUAGUAACGCCCGACCUCCUGACGGCACACUGCGGCCUGCUGGGUAACCUGCUGUCCAUCCUGCCAGACUUCACCCUAAACGCCCUCCGACACAACCAGAUCCUCCAGGCGCUUGCAAGUGUGCUGGACAUUAAACUUGUUGAGAAGUGCGUGAAUGACCUUAAAGCUCUCUGCAUUUUACCAGGAGAGCGAGCAGACAUCAGGAGCCAGCUAGUGACCCUUCUUCAGUUCCUGUCUGCCUUCUCGAAGCUGCUGCUGUCCUGUGUCACAGUCAGUCAGGAGUCUGUUGGGCAAAUGGACUUCAUGAAACAGCUACUAACUUCUCUUGUGGCAGUGCUCACUCUGGAUACUAAAGGACUAGACCCAGGUUCACAGGACACAGUGCGAGUGUGCUGGGCCGAUGUGUUUAUGCUCCUGGCUCUUCUGGUGAGGAGGGACAGCUCCACAGUUUACCCAUCUGUCUCUGCGGCGCUGGCAAGACGCUGGCGCACUUUUGCAGGCACUUUGUCUAUGUGUAUAAGUGAGAAGUCCUCAGACUGCUCCCUUCACACUGUGGCCCUACAGUUUCUCAGCACAGUUUUAACUGAAGAGACAAAGAAACGAGACGCAGAAGAUCAAAAUUCCGCCUCUGCUCUGUCUGAAGUCUUGUGUGGUCCUUCGGCCGAGCAGCUGUGCGACCUCCUGCUGCAGAGUUUUGAGAAGAGGACACUUUUGGACCCUCUGAAGAAGCACACAGCCAGAGCUCUGAUGACUCUGCUGGCCUGUAGUCCCAAAGCCCAGAACUAUGCAGCCAAAGCUGGCCUAAUUGACAGCUGUGUGGAGCAACUGAAACAGAUUUAUUCUCAGCUGAACCUGGCAUCAGCUCGACCUGGCAGGACAUCCCACCGCAAGAAGGAAGAUGGCUAUUUGAAAGAAGUCAAGCUGAUGGUUGAGAUUCUGCAAAGUGCUCUUUACUGCAACGAUGAAUGCAAAACCAUAGCCACAGACGCACGCCUUACACUGGCCCUCUACUCCCUUUGGCCUUGGCUCCUACUGGACGACCCCACUCUGGAGGCGGUCCUAGAACUGCUGUGCGUCUAUACAGCCAAGUUCACAACAGCAUGCAGUUCCCUUUGUGGUAGUGGUCCUGGGGUUGUCCCGGGAUCUAAAGGCUCUUCAGGGAACUCUCUGAUGCACUCCAUCAUCAAACUGGCCUCAGGGGUUGCUCCUGACAACAGCUCUAUUCAGAAACUGGCCUUCUACCUCCUCACAAACCUGUCCAUAUCCCGGGACUGCAGGGGUCUCCUUCAAAAGAAUAAUUUCCUCCAAGGCUUCCUGUCCUUACCUGUGCCUAAAGUGUCUGUUAAGUCUUCACUUGGCUCUGGUGGCGUGUUGGCUUUAUGGCUGAAGUUACUGCUGAGUGUGUCUGUGUGGGAGGACGGGCAGCAGAGCAUCCUCAGACUGACUGGGGCUGUGGACACACUGGCAGGCCUGGCAUCACAAAGGCACCACGCAUUACUCACCCUCCACAACCUCUGCUUCUGCCCAGCCAACAAGCCCCACGUCAUUGCCAAUGAAAAAGCUAUGAAGGUGCUGAUCGGCUGUCUGGAGAGUAAGGACCUGGAGACCUGCUGCACUGGAGCAUCUGCGCUGUGGGCUUUGCUUCACAACAAUCAGAAGGCCAAGACCUCCUUAAAGUGUCCCUUGAUUCGAUUGAGGCUUGAGGAAGCGUAUACUAGCCCUAAAAAGGGGGAUAAAGACCAGAAGGAGGAGCCAAUGAGAAACUACCUAAUGAAGUGCCUUGAAAACCUUUCCCAGAUACUGAAAAACUAAAUGCUGUAGUCUAUUUAUUUAUUUUUUGUAUCAUGUUUUACAUGUCCAGUUUUAGCGUUUUGAUAUUAAAUAAUGGAAUUUUA